UUUUGUGGAGUUUUCUGGGAAAGCUCAGAAAUUCAUCGGUAUUUCUCCACGCCUGACUUACAAUUAAAGAAAAUACACCGACUAAUAAGAAUGGACGAAACGACAAAAAACCAUAGCAACUGGAGCUAGUAAGUGAUGAUGAACCCAUGGAUGAUGGUGAGGAGAUGAGUGGCGUCGACAACUUGCAGGACUCGCAAAGCAGGGCAUCGCAACGUAGGUACGCACUGCGUCAGCCGGCUCGCGAGCGACAGCGAUCCCGCCACGACUCACUCGUUCACGACUCGGCCGCUGCCGCCGCCUCAAGCCUGCCGAGGAAGAAGACCGCCGCGCUCGUGGAGAACGGUAUCGACGACAGCAGCGAGCUUCCGCUGACGGCCGACAGCGCCUUUCACCGACUGCCUGCGAAGAAACGCAGCCACCACUACAGGCACGUCGAGCGAGCGCUCGAUCUGAGCGUCAGCGCCUGUGCGGGCACGAGCGACGCGGGCGAGUGUGCGACGAGGAGCGAGCAGCCGAGCAAGGCGCGCGCGCCGCCGCACGCAGACGCGAGCAGCAGCUCCGAUCAGGAGGUGUCCUUCAGACUUCCAGCGAAGGCCAAGCGAAGGAAGCACCGGUCGCACGAAGAUCCGCAACAGCAGGCGAGUAGCACGAGGAAGAGGUCGGCCACUGUCGGCUCUGUCACAGAGCUCGCGUCUCUGGGCAAGGAACCUGGCAGGCUAGAACUGCCCGCUGUGACGGACACGUUGAACGUCGUUCAAUUGCCGUCCGAACGAAAGCAGAGACACUAUUCUGGCAAGGGUCGGCACGCAAAGAGCGAGAAGCCUGACGUGAGUGGGAAAAGCUGUGCUGAAGCAGACGAUUCGGCUCCAGUCUUAAGACGAUCGACCCGUAAGCGGACGAUAAGAAUUCCUGAAAUCGGUUUUGGCCUCGAGCCGCAUCGUCCAAAGAAGCCCAAGCCGACCAAAUCUGCAGCUUCCACAACCCAGGCAGCCGAGCAGCAGCCAGUCGGUGGGCAACUAGCACAUAGCGGUGUUGCACUCAACGGCACUAAAAAGCCAGCAAAGCAUAGUGCAAAGGCUAAAGUCCCUCGGCAGCAAAAAGGUUCGAAGUCUUCUUCGCGCGAUAGCAAGCCGCUGUCGUUGCUUGUGGAGGUGCCACACACGAGCGUCGCAGCCGUCGGUGGCGAGGGCUUUCAUGUAGCAAGCGACGGCGCAUCCGCAUCCACGUCGCUCGCAGUGCCGAUCAAAAAGCGAGCCGUUAGCAGCUUAGUGUACCAGACGCACACGGUCGAGGAGGUGCGACCGCCCGUGCCCGCGAGAGGCAGACGGGCGAGCAGGCAGGAGCGCGGCAAGAAGCGAGAGACACUCGAGUCUAGCAGCGUACGGCGUAGCACACGCCAAACCAAGACAACGGGCUCGUGUGCGAGCAGCACCAGCCGGCGGUCCACCAGUGGCGGGAAGCGCACAACUGUCAGCACCACGGGUAACGCUGGGGGGACCAUCCAUCAGCCGCCGCAGGCAUCGGGCACGAUGUCCGCACCAGAGGGCAGUCGCGACGCAGGGCUGACGAGCGGCAGCGGCAGCAACGUACAGGCCGUGCCCGGCACAUCCGCCGCCAGUGCGGCCGCUGCCCCGGCGGCGGCCGCCGGAACUGCUCGCGGCAGCGCGGCGGCGGCGGCGGCGGCAGCGGCGGCUAACUCCGGCGAGAGCGAGUCGGAGGAUUCAGAGAUGGGCCGGCUGCAGGCGCUGCUAGAGGCGCGCGGGCUGCCGCCGCACCUGUUCGGCGCGCUCGGCCCGCGCAUGCACCAGCUGCUGCACCGCUCGAUGGGCAGCAGCGCGAGCAACAAGGCACAGCAGCUGCUGGCUGGCCUCACGGCGACGGGCGACGAGGGGCAGCAGCUGCAGGCGGUCAUCGAGAUGUGUCAGCUGCUGGUGAUGGGCAACGAGGACACGCUGAGCGGCUUCCCCGUCAAGCAGGUGGUGCCGGCGCUCGUCGCGCUGCUCAACAUGGAGCACAACUUUGACAUGAUGAACCACGCGUGCCGAGCGCUCACCUACAUGAUGGAGGCGCUGCCGCGGUCCUCGGCCGUCGUCGUCGACGCCGUGCCCAUCUUCCUCGAGAAGCUGCAGGUGAUCCAGUGCAUGGACGUCGCCGAGCAGUCGCUGACCGCGCUCGAGAUGCUGUCACGCCGGCACAGCAAGUCGAUCUUGCACGCGGCCGGCGUCUCCGCCUGCCUCACCUACCUCGACUUCUUUUCGAUCAACGCGCAGCGGUCGGCGCUCGCCGUCUCGGCAAACUGCUGCCAGAGCAUCACGCCGGACGAGUUUCACUACGUCGAGGACUCGCUUCCUCUGCUGACGAGCCGGCUCUCGCACCAGGACAAGAAGUCGGUGGAGAGCUGCUGCCUGUGCUUCUCGCGCAUCGUCGAGAACCUGAGCGGAGACGAGAAGCUGCUGCUACGCAUCGUCAGCUGCGGGUUGCUGCGCAGCAUCCAGCGGCUGCUCGUCAUCACCCCGCCCGUCGUCAGCACGAGCACGUUCAUCAUGGUGAUCCGCAUGCUGUCGACGAUGUGCGCCAACUGCUCGGAGCUCGCCGUCCGCCUGCUGCGGCAGAACGUCGCCGACACGCUCAGCUUCCUGCUCGUCGUCAACGGCAACGGCGGCGGAGCGUCCGCGGAGUGUCCCGCCGUCGGCGCGUCUGCGGGGCAGGACGUCGAGCUGGUCGCGCGCAGCCCGCAGGAGCUCUACGAGCUGACGUCGCUCAUCGGCGAGCUAAUGCCGGCGCUGCCGUCCGACGGCGUGUUUGCGAUCGACGCCGCGCUGCGCAAGGGCCACCAGGCGGCGGCCGACGUCGUCGUCUGGCAGUGGCGCGACGACCGCGACGUCUGGCACCCAUACACGGCCAUCGACAACAAGAUAGCCGAGGCGGCGCACCAGUCCGGCGAGGACGAGAUCAGCCUGUCGACGAUGGGCCGCACGUACACGAUCGACUUCCUCUCGAUGCAGCAGAUCAACGAGGAGACGGGCACGGUGCGGCCUGUGCAGCGGCACGCGAGCACGCAGAAGGGCGCAGCGGCGGGCGGCUCGGGCGCGGCGGGCGCCGGCAAGAGCGACCUUCGCGUCGACGUUCUCAAGGAGGACAAGGAGCUGGGCGCGGCGCUGAUCCGUACGCUCUUCACGGUGCUGUACGAGGUGUACAGCUCGUCGGCGGGCCCCGCUGUGCGCCACCGCUGCCUCAAGGCUCUGCUGCGCAUGAUCUACUACGCCAAUGCCGACCUGCUCAAGGAGAUCCUGAAGAGUCAGGACGUGUCGAGUCACAUCGCCGGCAUGCUGUCGUCGAGUGACCUUCGCGUCGUCGUUGGCGCGCUGCAGAUGGCCGACAUCCUCAUGCAGCGGCUGCCAGACGUCUUCGGCGUCUAUUUUCGUCGUGAGGGCGUCAUGCAUCAGGUGAAGAAGCUGUCGCUGCUCGAGCAGCCAGCAGCCGCCGCCGCCGCGAGCCACAGGGACGGGUCACCGCGCCGCGUGUCGCCCGCCAGCCGCGAGUCGCCGAGGGAAGACGAGGCGAGUCUCGACGGCGAGCCGCGCGGGGAGCGGCGCGACUCGGACGCCGACGCCGACUCGCGCGCCGGCGGAAACUCGCAGAUGCGGCUCAGCGACGUGCUGAAGCGCAAGCGGACGCCGCGGCGAGGCGCGUCGAAGCGUGCCGGCAAGAACGACAACGGCUCGGCGGCCGAGCUCGGCAAGCUGUUCGGGUCGUCGGCGCCGACGGGCCGCUCCAUGCUGUCGACAGCCCGCGGGAAGUCCUCAUCGGGGAAGGUGAGCGGCACGUCGCCGAAGACCUCCUUCCUGACUAGUCUGAACCCCACGCGGUGGGGGCGAUCGAAUUCUAGUCCCGCGGCGGAGCGGCCGACGUCGAAGGAGCAAGCGUUCGGUAAGUCGUCGUCGGCGGCGGUGGCGGCUGCGGCGGCGGCGCAGAACGACCGCGAAAAGAUCCGUGUGUGGGUGAAGGAGCAGGCGGCAAAGCUCGAGCAGCGCUACUUCAGCGGCCUCGAGAACAACGACGCCAACCACCCGGCGCUGAGCGUGCUCAACCGGCUGUGCCUCGCGACGCGGAGGCUGCGCGACGAGGACGAGGACGAGGACGAGGACGCGGUCGCCGACGGCGACGGCGUCGUCGUCGCGGCGCUGCGCGAGAUCUGCGCGAUCAUCACGGCGAGCGACGUGUCGCCGUUCGAGCUCAUCCACAGCGGCAUGGUCGCCGAGCUGCUGCGCUUCCUUGCGCGCCCCGAGCCGGGCAAGCGCCGCCGCCUGCAGCACUUCCUGCACAUGUUUGUCGGCUGCCCGCCGCCCGGCGAGCACCUCGCGACGGCGACGGCGAUGCUUGGUGGCACCCCCGCGCUCGGCGCGCUCGUCGCCAAGAUGCACGCGUGCGUCAACCAGCUCGAGCAGUUUCCGGUGAAGGUGCACGACCUGCCCGGCGCGGGCGCAGCGAGCCGCGGCACGAACGCGAUCAAGUUCUUCAACACGCACCAGCUGAAGUGCAACCUGCAGCGGCACCCGUCGUGCACGAACCUGCGCCAGUGGAAGGGGGGGCCUGUGAAGAUCGACCCGCUCGCGCUCGUGCAGGCGAUCGAGCGCUACCUGCUCAUCCGCGGCUACGGCAAGCUGCGCGCCGACGACGGCGACGACGCAUCCGACGACGACGCCUCGGACGACGACAUCGACGACACGAUGGCGGCCGUCUUCAGCAGCCAGAGCGGCGGCCGGCACAAGCUGCAGUUCACGAUCGGCGAGCACGCGCUGCCCUACAACAUCACCGUCUACCAGGCGAUCCGGCAGCACGGCGCUAUCGCCGACGACGGCCAGGAGACGGACACCGACUCGGAGCACCCGUUCGGCCGCACCAACAUCUGGGUGCAGACGCACACGAUCUGGUACCGCGCCGUCGCCGACGACGAACCACUCAACCUGAGCAGCGCGAGCACGAUCAACGCGGUCGGCUCGGCGAGCGCCGGCGUCAGCCCGAAGAAGGGGAAGGCGGCGGCGGCGACGUCGAGCAAGGUGCUCUCGAAGAGCAAGAAGGAGGACCUGUGGUCGAACGGCGUCUGCCCGCCGACGUUCUCGCUGCUAGACGUCGCGCUGGCGCCGACGCUGCCUGAGGUCACGACGACGCGAGACCCGUCGCUCGACGUGAUCGCCCUGCUACGCGUGCUCUACACGAUCAACCGCUACUGGGGCACGCUGUACGAGCUGCCGACGUACGAGCCCGUCGUCGCCGCCGCUGAAUUCGUCAACCACAAGAUCACGGCGAAGGCGAACCGGCAGCUGCAGGACCCGCUGAUGAUCAUCACGGCGCACAUCCCGCCGUGGCUCCCCGAGAUCGCGAACGCGUGCCCGUUCCUUUUCCCGUUCGACACGCGGCAGACGCUGUUCUACGCGACGUCGUUCGACCGUGACCGCGCGAUGCAGCGGCUGCUCGACGCCGCGCCAGACCUGACGGCGGCCGACAGCGGCGAGCGCGUGACGCCGCGGCUCGAGCGCCGCAAGCGCACGGUUAGCCGCGACGAGCUGCUGCGGCAGGCCGAGCAGGUGAUGAACGACCUCGCCGCGUCGAAGGCCGUGCUCGAGAUCCAGUACGAGAACGAGGUCGGCACGGGCCUCGGACCGACGCUCGAGUUCUACGCGCUGGUGUCGCGCGAGGCUCAGCGCGCCGACCUGGAGCUGUGGCGCGGCGAGGCGACGCGCUUCGAGGAUGCGCGCGGCGAGCAGAAGGACACGCUGUACGUGCACGCACCGCGCGGGCUCUUCCCGCUGCCGUUCGGGCGCGGCGCGAAAGCCGGCGCGACGGUGAAGGCGAAGGCCAAGUUCCGCUUCCUCGGCAAGUUUAUGGCGAAGGCCGUCAUGGACUCGCGGCUCGUCGACAUUCCGCUCAGCCUCGCCUUCUACAAGUGGAUGCUCGGCGAGGAGCAGAGCAUGACGGCCGGCGACCUGUACGGCGUCGACCCGACGAUGGCGCGCUCGUUCGCGCGGCUCGGCGACAUGCUGCGGCAGAAGCGGCGGCUCGAGGACGACGCGUCGCACACGCGCGCGAGCCUGCAGCUCGCCAUCGACGCGCUCACGAUGGACGGCUGCUCGAUCGACGACCUCAGCCUCAACCUGACGCUGCCCGGCUUCCCGAGCGUUGAGCUGCGCAAGGGCGGCAAGGACGCGUCGGUCGGCAUCGGCAACCUCGACGACUACUACCGCCUCGUCGUGCACUGGACGCUCGUCGAGGGCGUGCGCAAGCAGAUGGAGGCGUUCCGCGAGGGCUUCGAGUCGGUGUUCCCGCUCACGCAGCUGCGCCUGUUCUGCGCCGAGGAGCUGCACCAGCUGUUCUGCGGCAGCAGCGGCGAGUCGUGGGACGUGCGCACGCUGAUGGAGUGCUGCAAGCCCGACCACGGCUACACGCACGACAGCCGCGCGAUCAAGAACCUCUUUGAGAUCCUUGCGUCGUACGGAGGCGACGAGCAGCGCCAGGUGCUGCAGUUCCUGACGGGCGCGCCGCGCCUGCCCGUCGGCGGCUUCAAGUCGCUGUCGCCGCCGCUGACGAUCGUGCGCAAGACGUUCGAGGCGACGGAGAAUCCGGACGACUACCUUCCGUCGGUGAUGACCUGCGUCAACUACCUGAAGCUGCCCGACUACUCGAGCAUCGUGACGAUGCGCGAGAAGCUGCGCAUUGCUGCUAAGGAAGGUCAGCUGUCGUUCCACCUCUCCUAACGAAUGUGCACGAGGGCGCGCUCGCGCCACAGUUAUUUCAACGUUUCGGGCGCGACGAGCCCGGACUAGAGGUGGUCCAAUGCCUUUACGAAGUUGAUUUUAUGAUGGAGGGAAGAAAUUGUGCUUUAUUACAUGUUCCUUGAGGGUGCAUUAAAUGUUAGUAAAGAAGACAAGAACACAUAUCUGUGUGGAUGUAACAGAUGUGAGAUGUAAAAUGGCAGUUAAGUAGUUGCUGUGUGUGUGUGGGGGGAUGGGGGGGGGUCUGCAGUGAUGAAUGGGAUUCUCCUCUUUAUAAACCAAUCCUCGAUUCCAAACCAAUUUACAAAUAUAGAAACCGGUUGGAAGUCAUUUUUUGUUCAGGUAAGUUCGCUAUUGUGAUUUGCUGUUUUUUCAUGUCAACUAACUGGGAAAUGUUAUGGCCACAUCUGCAUGAGCUUGGCAAACUAAGGUUCAUAUAUACGCAUGCAUCCUUGUAGGCAGCGAUGCAUCAUUGGUGCAGUGCAGAGUGCAGGCAUAGGGUUAAUUAGCUAUACAACCAUGUAGCAAAUGUCCUAAAUAGUUGGCCAUGAGCAUCAUCUGGUGGUAUUGGCAUAGAAAACUUAUGAAGGAUGUGUGAUGUGGCGGUUGGAGUGUCCUAGUUUUGAUGGUUGCAAGAGCAAUAGCUACCAACGGUGAGUUCGCCCCUUGUAGUCUCGUCUCACAAUCAAUACAGUGCGACAGUGAUACAGUGAUUGGGCGUUUUUUAGUGGUAACAUCAUAGGUUACAUUUGUAAAUUACGCUUCAGUUAAUUUAAUAACAAAAUUCAGUGUAAUAGCUUUGUUAAAUGUGGGUAUUUUAUUUGCUACAGGAAGCCGUCAGUUUAGGGACAGUGUGAUUGGCCUGUAAUUAAAGUUGAGAGAGCCAUGUUGCCAUGUGCCAUUGAGACACUGGAUUAUUCCAGUAGCUAUGGCUCUUACUUUAAUGUGCAGGACAAAUUUUUCAUAAAAUAUGUGAUAGACAUAUAGGUAAUUGAACGUUUUGGUAAAAUGGUAGUCUUCAGAGAAGUACAGAAAUCUUGCUACAUCUUGGUCCAUCCAGCAGGCGAACAUCACUUUACUUGAUACGUAAGCGGUCUCUACAUCGUCUGCUACGUCAGUUUGCCUUCAAAGGUUUGUAUUUGGUUGCGGAAAGGUGCCGUAUAAAGGUGUGAUGUUGUGGACUAAUAUUAUUAAAUCUGUGUGGGUGUUAAAAUGUUUGCAAAUGAUGUGCAGUUUCAAUUGCCCUGUAUAUGAUUCCGACUCCGUUUAAAGCUCAGGCGUGUUAGAACGUUUGUGAUGGACGUUUUAGAAUGUCAAACUGAGUAUUACGUUCAGAACAGAAUUAACGAUAGAACCAAUAUUGCGGAGAAGAGUGCUUUUGUAGGAUUCUGUCUGCAUAUGCGUGCGUGCGUGCGUGAGUGCGUGCUUGUGUGUAUAUAUAUACAAAUAGCUGGUUGCAUCUACAGUGUGGCAAGGCAGUUUCAACGCAGGUAUGACGUAUGUUAUCAGUGCUCAGAGGUCGUAUAGGCGUGUACAAACCUUUGCAUUGUCGUCGCACAAACAUAAUUGUAAUUAGUAUUGUUAUUCAACGUUUUACGCAAGCUAAUAACGAAUAUGGAUGCCUUUGAAUUUUGUCGUAGGGUGUGAAGCUGUGUGACCUCUUUUUUAAGUCUUGGUGUUUACUUAGAUUGUAAUGGCGUAUUGAAGCUGUUCUAUUGGUCCAAUCGGAACGUUGAACAGUUAUUUUAUGAAGCCUUCCAAUUUCACUCACGCAUGCUUGACAUGCGACGCACUAAGAACAUGCUAUGUAGGCUGAUAACAUGGUAUUGCACAUUCUAGUUCAACACAGACAUGUAUUCUUCGAGUUUCAAACCAGCAGCACUUGAACCAGAAUAAGAACAACAGAGUCAGUACUGUCAUUUUUGUCAAAUUUGUUUUGGCACUGCAUGAAACGUAAAUAAACCAUAGCAGUCUAUAAUUGCUACGUGAA